UUCCCUCCGCGGGCCCGAGAUAUGGCAAUGGUAGUUAGCAGCUGGCGAGAUGCGCAAGAGGACGUGGCCGGGGGCGGCCCCACCGGAGCAGCUCAGCCGGGCCGGGAUCCGCAGCAAGGGGCCUCGGCGGCCCCCCACACGCCGCAAACGCCGAGCCAGCCGGGAGCCCCGUCCACGCCGGGCGACAAGGGGCAGCAGCAGCAAGGCUCCGGCCAGAGCCAGCAGCAACAGCAGCAGCAGCACAUCGAGUGCGUGGUGUGCGGCGACAAAUCCAGCGGGAAGCACUACGGGCAGUUUACCUGCGAGGGCUGCAAAAGUUUCUUCAAGCGGAGCGUCCGCAGGAACUUAACGUACACUUGCCGGGCCAACCGGAACUGUCCCAUCGACCAGCACCACCGCAACCAGUGCCAAUACUGCCGCCUGAAGAAGUGCCUCAAAGUGGGCAUGAGGAGGGAAGCGGUUCAGCGAGGAAGGAUGCCUCCGAGCCAGCCGAACCCGGGCCAGUACGCGCUGACCAACGGCGACCCGCUGAACGGCCACUGCUACCUGUCGGGCUACAUCUCGCUGCUGCUGCGAGCCGAGCCUUAUCCGACGUCACGCUACGGCAGCCAGUGCAUGCAGCCCAACAACAUCAUGGGCAUCGAGAACAUCUGCGAGCUGGCGGCGCGGCUGCUCUUCAGCGCCGUCGAGUGGGCCCGCAACAUCCCCUUCUUCCCGGACCUGCAGAUCACCGACCAGGUGGCCCUGCUGCGCCUCACCUGGAGUGAGCUCUUCGUGCUCAACGCCGCCCAGUGCUCCAUGCCGCUGCACGUGGCCCCGCUCCUGGCCGCUGCCGGCCUCCACGCCUCGCCCAUGUCCGCCGAUCGCGUGGUGGCCUUCAUGGACCACAUCCGCAUCUUCCAAGAGCAGGUGGAGAAGCUCAAGGCCCUGCACGUGGACUCGGCGGAAUACAGCUGCCUCAAAGCCAUCGUCCUCUUCACCUCAGAUGCCUGUGGCCUGUCGGACGCGGCGCACAUCGAGAGCCUGCAGGAGAAAUCGCAGUGCGCCCUGGAGGAAUACGUGCGCAGCCAGUACCCCAACCAGCCCAGCCGCUUCGGCAAGCUGCUCCUCCGGCUGCCUUCCCUGCGCACCGUCUCCUCGUCGGUCAUCGAGCAGCUCUUCUUCGUCCGCUUGGUAGGUAAAACCCCCAUCGAGACGCUCAUCCGAGACAUGCUGCUCUCCGGCAGCAGCUUCAACUGGCCUUACAUGUCGAUCCAGUGUUCCUAGAGCAGCCCCUGCCGCCCCCCUCCCCGCUUAGCCAUCCGCCCACGGGCCUCGCGGCUGGGCGGCCAGACGGGGGGGGAGGGUCCGAGGAGAGAGCGAGAGCAAAGAAAGGGACCCACAAAAACGCCCCGCUUCCCCAAGGCCGGGAGCCCGGAAACCUCGUCUGGAAGGAAAAGACUGGCGGAAGCUGGCAACUCCGGCCCGGCGGCGGCCAAAACGCGGGGCAGCUCGCCUGCGUGGAACCAACGGCGACCCCCGAGGUGGGAGACUUUUAACAAACGAAGGAACAAAAAAUAGCAAAGACCGAAGGGAUUUUGUUUUUUUUCUCACUAUAAUACUGCCCGCCCACCCGCCCUCCGAGAAAGAGAGGAAAGAGGAAGAGGAUUUAGACGGAUUUCCCUGGAUUGAUCGCGGACCGAAAGGGUGAUCAAUUGUACAGCAAACGUGGUUUUAAGAAACGAAACUGAAGCCGGACUGACCGAGGGGGAGGGGGAAACGGGAGGGAAACACUGACCGCGAACAUUGAUCUUCAUUUUGUAAAAUAUUAGUCUUUAUUUUCACGUUUUUUGUAAAAUUUAAAACAUCGUUAUGCGCAUAAAGGAGAGAAGAAAAACCAACACAAGAAACAAAAAUUUAGGGAGGGGGAAAAUAACGUUUUUCCAAAUAAUUAUUAAAAAAA